AAUGCCAGUCGACGAUUGUGCGCGUGUUGUAAACAUGGAUCGAGUAGGUUUAUAUUUAAAUAAAAAAAAGUUAGUGUUUUUAAUUGGAAUUUUCUUAAAUGUCGUGAACGCAAAUUUAGUUCAUAAAAAAUUUGAGUACAAAUAUUCGUUCAAGCCUCCAUACUUGGCCCAAAAGGACGGUUCGGUACCCUUUUGGGAAUACGGUGGCAACGCGAUAGCGAGCGCUGAAAAAGUCCGAAUCGCGCCGUCUCUUCGCAGUCAGAAGGGGGCUAUAUGGACGAAAAACCCUAUCAAUUUCGACUGGUGGGAAGUCGAUAUUGCGUUUAGAGUCACAGGACGAGGCCGAGUGGGGGCUGACGGAUUGGCGUUUUGGUACACCCAAAGCAAGGGGGCCUACGACGGCGAUGUUUUCGGCUCAUCGGACCAAUGGGUCGGUCUCGGGAUAUUUUUCGACUCGUUCGACAACGACGGCAAACACAACAACCCCUACAUCAUGGCUGUUGUCAACGACGGGACCCAACAAUUCGCCCAUCAACUUGAUGGGAGUACUCAAAUGUUGGCCGGUUGUUUACGUGAUUUCCGAAACAAACCUUUCCCCACAAGAGCCAGAGUUGAAUAUUACCAAAAUAUUCUAACAGUAUUAUUCCAUAAUGGUAUGACCAAUAAUGAACAGGACUAUGAGGUUUGUUUGAGGGCUGAAAACGUCGUCUUGCCCAAAAACGGUUAUUUUGGACUUUCGGCCGCCACAGGAGGCUUGGCUGAUGAUCAUGACGUCAUUCAUUUCUUGACCAAUAGCUUGCAUCUCCCGGGACAAAUCAGCACAUCGAAUGCCGUACCGGGGGAGGAGCAACAAAAACUGACCCAGGAGUACCAAGAUUAUCAGAGGAAAUUAGACCAGCAGAAGGCCGAGUACAGAAAAGAGCAUCCCGAUGAGCAGAAAGACCCCGACAUCGACGAGUGGUUCGAGUCCGACAGCCAACGCGAGUUGCGCCAGAUUUUCCAAGGCCAGAAUCAGAUUUUCCAAGUGGUCAGAGAGCUGAACAACAAACUGGACGAAGUUGUCGGCCGUCAAGAGCGCACCAUGAGUUUAAUUACGCAAAGUGCCGGUGGUGUUGGUGUGGCAGCACCGUCGGCUACAGGUCACGCCCCCCCACCAGCAGGCGGUUAUGCCGGUGAUACGAUUAGAAGACACGAAGUUGACGCUGUUUUCAACAAUCAGAAUCAAAUUUUGAACACGGCGAGAGAAAUUCGUCAAUUUAUUCUGGAAUUAAAAACGAGAGCUGAUACGAUUUUGAAUAAUCAAGCGAAACAACCGACUGCUCAAGUGCAGUCGGUGGGGUACGACACACAGUCGCUUAUUUCGGAAAUGAGGGACGGGUUGAAUCAUGUCAAGCAAAAUGUGGCUCAAGUGGCGCAAAAAAUCGAUCAAAGUCCUGGGGGGUGUCCUAGUGUUUCUUGCGUUUCGGUUACAACACUGUUGGUGAUAACAGUAGUGCAAUUGGUGGUGAUUUUAGGCUACAAUUUGUAUAGGGACAGUAAAGAGAGUCAAGCAAAGAAAUUUUAUUAGAUUUGGUUGUGAGAUUAAUUGCAAAGAAUGACAUCCAAGGGUCACAAAAAUUGUUAACCGUCUUCCUUUUUAUUAUUUAUUGUACAGUUACGUUUAAUGAUUCCUAAUAAGUGAUAAUUUUUUGUUUGAUUUGGAACGGUGCCACUACUCUGUUUUGAAAGACUUAUAAGAUAAUGUCAGAUAGUUUCUUCUUGUGUAUGUAAGAGUGAAAUUUUUUACAUUUUUAGAUGUUAAAUAAAAAUCAGUAAUUUCAAA